AUGGGCGGCCUGGAGGCCCGGGUACGACAGCCCUAUAAGAAAUGCUCACGAUACUCCGCAACCUUUUUAGCGAUCCUCACGACGAAGUUCCAGCGCCACGUCAAGGGCGGGGAACCGACGUGCAUGCUUGAAGACAAGACUGUCCUCAAGCGUCUCGGCCUUUCGACGCUGAUGACGGACAAAUUCAAGCCGCCCGACCUUUCGUUCCACCAGGUCCAGCUUAUCAAGUCCUUCAUCGAGAUUGUGAUGAAGAAGCCGAACGACGAGAAGGUAAACUUCGUCAUUAACCACGCCGAUUGUACAUCCGAACGCAAGGUCUACGGCGACUGGUUCCGCGAGCGACUCGCGCCAAGGGUUAACGCCCUCGUCGAAUCAGCAAUGCGCGAGUGCGGUUAUCACCCUCAGUCCGUCUUGGCCUCGCAGGAGGUGGACGACUUCCCCUCGGCGAACUUGCUCGUCAACGCCUGCCUUACCCCCGUCGCGGUGGAGAUGUUUGGCGAAGUCGUCAUGAGCGGCGACGUCCUCAUGGAUGCGGCGAUCGCAGCCAACUUCAAGACCAUGUUGAUCCACAAUGUGUCCCGCAUGGGGAAGGCCUACCUACGUGCGGGAACCCUGGCUGACGAGAAGGUCAAGUUGAUGCGCGAUGCGGUGAAAGCUGUCGAGGAGCCUGGUCCUCAGGGAACGACCUUGGCGUCCAUCCGUGCGGCGCUACAAGCUAGCAAGAACGUCGAACGGCUCGCUGGAUGGUAUCCAAACCUCCAGUUGGAGGCCGAGGAGAAUAUCGUGAAGCUCAAGGAGGCGGUCCGCAUUGCCGCUGAGCUCCCUCGUGGGGAACUCGAUACGCCCGUUCGUUCGAAGAAGCCAAAGGCUAACGAGAAGAUGGAGGCGGCUCGCAAAAAGGCCCGUAAGAUCCAUAUCAUGCCAGCGGAGAUGGCCGACGCGAUGGAGGUCGCUCGUACGAUGCAAGCUAUAGCAACACACCUCGAGCUGGCGGGCGACCUCGAGAAUUGCCCGACGGAGGCUGAGCGUCACGCCUAUGCGUCUUUCGCCGACGAGGGGGACUUGGGGGUCGAGGUGAUGUCGAAGAAGACGGUGGACCAGCUCUGCGUGCUCCUCAGCUUCGCGCAAGGGCGGCCAGGCAACUGGAACGGUUUCGUGCGCGACGACGGCGCCACCGCCUGGCACCUGGGACUUACCCCAUCGAAUCCCGCCGUCACUCGACGUGGACCGUCGAACACGUUGAACCAGAUCACGCUGGACAUGUUCGCAAGGGGAGGACCUGGAUUCAAGCCCAUAAGCUUGCUGUGGCAUCAGCUCGUGGGCGUGGCGGCCAUCGUCGCGAAUAUGUUCUUCGGAGACAGGGUUACGAGCGCGCCAAUGUCUGGCGUCCUCCUUGCUGACGGUGUGGGCGUUGGCAAGACCGCGCAAGUCAUGGCCACGAUCGCGUUUCUCCAGCAAGUCGAGCUUAUCGAGCAAGUCGAGGCGGUGAGAGAUAGGGUGAAUCGACCACCUAUAAUACCAAUCGACGGCCAGAAUAUUGACUUGACUUCGACAGGGAACAUGCCAUGGUUCAUGGGCGUAACGGAGUACGUGCCCAACGAACCCCACCUCAUCGUCGUCCCGCUGUCCCUCGUCGCGCAAUGGAAGGACGAGCUGUACCGCUUCUUCUCCAGGGGCUCCGUCGACAUCUUCCAGCUCCCCAACGCCUUGGGGGAUCUACAGACGUUCUUCACGAAUCCCGACGACGCGUGGCUCCAAUCGCAGCAGAAAAUGAUCAAUCGCAUCGUCAUCUGCGCACAUUCGACCUUCCAGAUGAUGGCUGGCGAGGUCUACAUCGUGAAGAAGGCGAGGGGAGGUUACGUCGACGGCCCACGUCCGCUUGUCUCAGACAACAUCGACAAACUCGUCUUCGGCAUCCAGUGGUGCACCGCGUGGAUUGACGAGGCGCACCUGUUUCGCGGCGCAGGUCGAGGGCUUACGGGGGUUUGCCAAUUGCACGAGUGCGCCCGCGUGACGCACGUAAUAACGGCCACGCCGCUCUUCACGAAGAUCCAGGACAUCAUCAACAUGGCCCGGAUGUGCAACCACGACGAAUUCGUGCUGUCGAAGGGCCAGCAACUCGAGCGUCAAUUCAACCGAGACAUUAGAGCGGCGAAGAGGGAGAUGUCGCAAGAGGAGAAAGACGCCGUGAAGAGCAGACAGGUCAGGGCCCUGCGCGGCGACGAGAUCGAAGAAGAAGAGGCUGGGAUCGCGGUACGAUUUGCACAGUAUAGCGCGGCGAAGGUCGUCCAGGCGAAGCUGGCGCCCCACUUGAUCCGUCGCACGCUCACCUCAGUGGACUUGGAGGGCAAGCCCCUCAACACGAAGAUGCCUCCCAUCACGGAGCACGUACUUACCUUCAAGCUCAGCGACCGCGAGAUGGAGAAUCUGGGGCUCAUCGUCGACGAGAUGGAGUCGUCGGAGAGUGGCGUCCCCGCGAAUCUGAGUCGCGAGAAUUUCUUCCUGCCCUACCGUUGCGGCAUCACGUUCUUCAAGGGCGCGAACGAAGACUGGCCUGUCUUCGACAAGCACGGCAACUCUAAGAUCGGACACUACGACGACAUAUCCAGCACGAAGCUCGACCUCGUCGCACGUCUCGUGCUCCACCUCCUCAGCCACGACGAAAUCGAACACCCUACGUUAGCCGACGGGCAAGUCGUAUUCCCUCCACCGCCGCCGCCAGCUUUCCUCGGACAACGGCCACCUCGAAAGCGCAAGGUACUGAUAUAUCAUGAAUUCUCCAUGAUGGCGAUGACAAUCGAGACAGUGUUUCGAAUGAAAGGAAUCGGCGUGCUCGUGCUCAACGGCCUCAUGAACAAGCAAGAUCGAGAGCGAGUCAUCGACGACUUCGUGCACUCUGACGCCGCUGAGCAUCGAGUGCUCCUCUUCUCGUCUAUCGGCGCCGUUGGGCUGAACUUGACGUGCGCAGACACCGUCAUUAUGCUCGACAUGAUAUGGUCGCAGGUGGGCACCGAGCAGAUCAUCGGACGAGCUGCUCGUCUCACGCAAGAAAACGCCGUCCACGUCUACCACCUCGUCGCCCUAGGCACUACGGACGUCCUCAUGUCCACCAUGGCGCGGGAGAAGGGCGAGAUGUUGGCCACUCUCUUCUCGAAAGAGAAGAACGAGAAGCUUGAGGAAGUCUUCUACGGCAUAUCGAAGAAGAAUGCGGUCUCCGACAGCGACCAAGAGGAGGACGACGACGACAAGAAGAAGAAGAAGAAGGCGUUGCCUAAGACCCGCACUGCGAGAGGCGCGGCGAAGAACGCGGGGUUGGAGUCGAUAUCGAGGUCGCAGACUCCCUCGAUCUCACGGGCUUCCAAGACGCCCACCGUGGAGGAGGAGGAACAGGCGGCGGAGCAGACAGCGACGGGGGGUGCGGACGAAGGAGCUGAGCAGCGAGUGAAGGGCAAGGCAAAGCCAAAGCCAAAGCCAGCGACGAAGCGCCAGACGGCUGCAAAGCCACGACCCAAACCCAAGGCCAAAGAGAGGGUGAAAAGCGCAACAGAGGUCCACGACGACGACGACGCUGGACCAUCUGAGCCGCCCACUGCAGAGGGGAGUGUGCAAAACGAACCCAACGACGCCGCUGGACCUUCCCGGCUGCCCGCAGUUGGAGGGAGCACUCCCAACACGCCCAGCCACGCAGCAGGGCCUUCCUGGCCGCCCGUGGUUGGAGGGGGCAUUCCAAACCGGCCCACCUCGCAUUCGUCGACAGCCCGCUCGUCUGGGAGCGUUGCGCGGCCUUCUGGGCAGCCCGCGGUGGCGAAGGGGGCGAUGGACGUGGACAUCGACGAGGCGUCGACUGGGUCAGCUCGCAACGCAGACGCAGCACGACCUUCCAGGCCGCCCAUGUUGCUGGCGGGUCCAGCAAAUCCAGGCGCGGGACGGCCUUCCAAGAAGCCCAUGGCGCAGACGACCCCCGUAGCCGUGAACGCGUACGUACCACCACCUUCCCAGCAGCCUGUGGCGCAGAUGGGUCUCGAGACGGCAGACGUAGGACGGCCUUCCCAGCGCCCCGCGCCUCACGAAGGCGCGCUCAGCGGGCCCUCUGGAUCGCAGAGGCAGCUGCCCGCAGGAUGGGUCGCCACACAGCCAGCAUCGCAGAGGCCGUUGCCCGCGGGAUGGGUCGCUACGCAGCCAGCAUCACAAGCAGAUGCGAUGGAGAUCGACCACGCCCUUCAGCGGGCUUCCCCGCCGCCCAUGGACGUUCCCAUGGAUGUGGACGUGGCUUCCCAUCCGACAAAACGCGCCAAGCGUCCAGCAGAGUCCAAGGUGGCGAAGUCUGCGGCCGUCGAUCCGUUACGCGCAGCGCCUGGACUCACUGGGCCGCCCUGGACGCAGGCGAACCCCACGACGCCCCCAAGGGCUGGCUCCAAGCACAGGCCCAACUCGUCGCCAGAGUUAUCCCCGCGAACGGAGCGCAGGCGAUCGAAGACGGCGCGCCGAGGACACCACAGCUCCUCCGACGAGGCGAACACCAUCGAGGACAUCGCCAUGGUCAAGCAAGAGGGCGAGCCCUCGCAGAUGCCCUUGUACAACGACGACGACGACGACGACGAGAUCCAGGAGAUCCCUGGCCCCGCAGGCACAGACGAGGGAGAGGACUUUGCGUCCCUUCUGGACAACGUCUCAGAAGUGUCUGAGUCGUCUGAUGACAGCCCCCUCGCCGCGCGCCAAGUCCAAAUGGCAGAGUCUGCCACGGCACAGCACGAAGAGGUGGUCCCGAGAGUCAACCUCCCGGCGCAUCGUCCUCCUCGAGGCCGUGGUCGCGGUGGUCGUGCUCGUGGUCGCAGGUAG